AUGGCUUCGGCCAUUACAGCCACCGCUACCGCCACCGCUACCGCCACCGCCACCGCAUCUGAACCGCCACUUCUCGUCGAUUCAAUACCAACCGUUGAUCUCCGGAGCCUUUCUCAGUCGGAACUCUACUCCCUCUCCCUCUGUUCUUCUUCUUCUUCGAGUUUCGACGCCUUCGACUUUGUUAUCCCCAAAAUCGACCGCUCCGUCUUCAACGAAUCCGCCGGUUCCCGCAAACAAACCUACUCCCGCCUCCGUCUUGCUCCCCCGUCAGAUCCCUCCGCAACCUCCGCCGGAGCUUCUUCCCUCCGCCGCAGAACUCCGCACCUCCGCCAUUCCAGCAGCAAUCUCCCUUACCAUUAUCUGGAUUCGGAUCCCGAGAAAGGUGAGAAUAAACAAAUCCUUGCGCUUUUUAAGCAACUGUUUGGUUUGGACAAUACUAGUGUUUGUAGUAUAAAUGAGGAAGCUGUAAAUGAGGAAGUUGUUCAUGAGGAAUUAGUCCCAGUUAGGGUUGAUUAUUCGGAAUCUUUGCCCCAACUCGGCGCCCCGCCUUUGGCGCCUUUGACGGGGCAGAAAAGGAAGCGUGGUAGGCCACGGAAGGUUGAAAAUGUUCCUCUUGUUCUCGUGGAGAACAAGGUUGCGAGUGAGGUAAAACUGCCUAAUGUUAAUGAGGCCAAGGAUGUCCGGAUUGAGGUUGAGAGUAUGGACUUGCAGGAUAGGAGUAGGGAAAGGGAAAUUUUGAGAAAGGAUGGAGUUGAGGUGGAUUUGGUUGCUUUAGGGGGGAUGCAUGAUCCAUACGAACCAGAGCUAAUGCGCAGGACUCAUGGCAUGUCGACUGAGGAAGAGUUGUUGGAGUUUAUGAGAGGGGUGGAUGGGCGAUGGGGAAGUACAAGGAAGAAGAGGCGGAUUGUGGAUGCGAAUGAAUUUGGGAAUGUGUUGCCCAAUGGUUGGUCUCUUCUGUUUGCUAUAAAGAGGAAGGAUCGCCAUUGUUGGUUGCAUUGCCGCCGCUAUAUAAGCCCUAACGGACGGCAUUUCGAGACGUGCAAGGAAAUUGCUUCAUAUUUGCUAUCCAUUCGUGACAUGCAAGAUGAAACUCACAAUUCUUACACACAAAGUGAUGCUUGCACGGAGACUGCCAAUAGUGUCGAUUUUCCUAAGGAAAUGCAGACUGUAGAUCUGGCUGCUGAUCUGGUAAGAGAGGGUAAUCCUUCAUGUCCAGUGGUAUCACCAGCUGUUCCGUCAACAUGUACUGAUGUCCAGGUUGACGUAGCAAUUGAGACUGGUGAUCUGCCCGCUGCCCAAGGGGGAGAGGUUUUACAUUGUGGGAAGAGCAAUUUAAGUCAUUCAGGUCAGAAUGAUUAUUCCCUACACCAACUGUCUUCCCAUAGAAGAACGAAACAAAAAACUGGUGAAUCCAUUACUGACGGGGUAAUAAUUAAAGAUGGGAAAUUUGAGUGUCAGUUCUGCCAUAAGACGUUUGUUGAAAGACGCCGGUAUAAUGGCCAUGUUGGAGCCCAUGUCAGGUACCAAGGGAAAAGUUUGGAUGAACUACGAGCUACACCUGCAUCUGAAUUUAUUUCUCAGGGAGCUGCAGCGCAAACUUCAGCAGCUACAGAAAAUAAUAUUGGUGCAGAAAUCCUUGGGACAGAUGCUGAUCAAGCUCCAAAUAUUUAUUCGCCUUGUGGUACUGGUGAGCCAAAUGAAGAGUUGAAGGAAAACAAUAACAAAGUUGGAGAAGUUCACGAGUCGAUGGAUGUGGAUGUUGCAAAACCCACUUCCUCUUUCAAUUCAGAAGCGAAUUUGGAGCAUAAUGAUAACAGUAAAUUUGCAGGAUCCAGUGAUGAUGCAAAUAUGGUUGAACAUGUAGAUAAAAUCGACAUGGGCUCUGGAAACUCUAAUGUUGUAAAUGUUACGAAGAGCGCUGAUGAGAUAGAGGGUGGUAAUAUUAAAGAUUUGGAUGUGCGGGGAUUGGAAACUGAAGGCUGCCUCUCUUUCCCAUCAGACGGGAAAUCAAGUGGUAGUGAGAUAAAGAUUCUAGGCACUUCUGUUGAUAUGGAUAAGGCUGAACAGGAAAAAGCAGUUAUAGGGAACUCCACAGUCAAUUUUUCCUUCAAUGAGGGAGUAAGUCCUACUAACGAGUACAGCAAUAAUGUUUCUUCUUGCUACAACAACGGCAAUGAGCGGCAGAAAGCUGUUGAAGACAGUCUACCUUGUUUUCCUUCUUUUGGAGCAAAUUCUGAUCUUGGGCAGGGUGUUGGGGGGGUUUCUGCAAGGCAAAUGGAGGAGGCCAAAGCAAGUGAUUUCCAUUGUGCUAGGAAUGAUGAAACGGUGUCCCCUUUCAACAGUAAUAACAAUGUGAGGAAGAUGGAUGCCAUACAAAGCAGUAAGAAUGACCGUAGAUUGGAAUUUCGUUCCUUUUUUCCCUAUGAGCAGGCUGAAAAUGCUGUCUCGAACUUUAACAAGAAUGUGGUAGAAGAUAGCAAAACUCAGCAUUUACUUUCUGAAUCAUUGAUGGUUGGGGCUUCACAUCAGACCUAUGACAUGCAUAAUGUCUACACUGCACAAGAGUCCAAACUUAAUGACGCUGGGAACUCCAAAAGUCAAGAGCUAUCUCUUGCUUAUGAUGGUCAACAAAAUUGCAACAAUUUUGUGUUGGAAAGAUAUCCUGCAGAGAGGGUUGAUGUUGACUCUGGUAUGAAGCAAAUGUUUGGUGUUCAGGGUAACUUGAACGUUGAUUCCCGUGUUAAUCCAAUAAAUCCCAAAGAAGUUAGAUCUUUCGGUUUUGAUAUACAUGAUUCAACAUUUGGUGAUCGAACAUUCGGUUUUGAAAGCAACAUUAACACUAUUUAUUCAGACAAACUUUGGGAAGGCUCCAAACUAGGUGAAGUUGGAAAUUCUAGCAGAAACUUUAUGCUCAACUUUGAUGGUACUAAUGCCCAGCCUGUUGAAGAUGUGAUGUCUGGCAGCAUCUGGAGGACAAGUGAAGAAAAUACGUUGCAUACGGGUCCAUCCAAUACUUUAACCACAACAGCACAGCCAGCGGAUUGCUUUCGCGACUUUGAUGUUCUUUCGGAAAAGGGUGGUGGUCUCUUUGGAGUCAAUCAGAAGUACGACAGUGGGAUUGGUUUUGGAGGUCUGAGUUUAGGAAGAAGUGAACCAGUUGAACAUAGCUUUAUGACAUCACAAAGUUCAACUUCUCUUCCGGGGGGAUCAAAGGGUUUCCAGUAUGAUGUCAACUCUGGACUGGGAUUUGAUUCUUCAUUUUGGUUGGGAAGGGAUGCUUUGAUGCCCAACGUAGGUGUUCCAAAUCAGGUACCUACCGUGUGUAUGUGGUGUAGGAAUGAAUUUUAUCAAGAGCCUAUUACAACUCAAACAGGAGGUGCAAUUGGUUCAAUUUGUCCAGACUGCAGCUCUAAGGUUUCGUCGCCAUUCAAUAUUUGA